CAAAAGCUCUAUGCUGGCCGCCGCCGCCGCCUCGUCGCGCUGUUGAUAAUACGCCGCCGCGUUUUGUACACAAGCGAAAAUAACAAAACAAAGAAACGAAACGAAACAUCCGCCACUGGACAGUGCACACACCGUAUAAUAAUAACAAUACGCGGGACGGACAAUAAUAAAAUUAUUAUCAUAAAGGUUACGCACAGCGGCCGCUAUACCUAUAAAGUGACAAUACAAUAAUAUAUAAACAUACCUAGUAAACUGUUGUCAAUCAAUUGCCGCGAUUUAUAAUAAAUAUAUAAUCAUAAUAUCGCGCAAAAGUCGGCCGUCCCUCGUACCGUGUCCGUCUCGGCCCGAAACAACGUUUUGGUACAGAUCGUCAUCGUAAAUCGUCGUCGUCGAUCGUUGCAAACAUGGACGCUGGUCCGCAAGCUUACGGCGCCGGAAAAGUCGGAGGCGAUUUCAACAUCCAAAACUUUGUCCGCAAGCCACACGUGUUCGUCAGGCUGUUGUCGUUGUUGUUUGGCUUGAUCGUGUAUUUUUGUGCAUCAUCUGGCUCAUGGACUACAGACACAAAAACCAACGAGGAAGUAUGCAUGUUCAAGCUUAAGAGUUUUGGAUGUCACAUUGGCGGCGUUGUGGGCUUUACGUCAGUGAUCGGAGCGGCUGUGUUCGUUGGCGGCGAGUAUUAUUUCGAAAACGUGCCGUCGGUAAAAAGCCGCAAACAUUACGUGCUCAUCGACCUUGGAUUCUCGAGUCUAUGGUCGUUUUGGAAUUUUUUACUUUUCAUUUAUCUAGCUGAUACAUGGGGCAAUACACCUGAUUUCCCCGACUCAAUUAGCACUGCCAAUCCAACCACUGCCAUUUAUUUUGCAUUAUUUGCUACUUUUUCUUGGGGGACUUCUGCAUAUUUCUCAUACCAGAGAUACAAUAUGGGUGUUGAUCCAGCAUUUAUAUCAUCUUUUGAAGCCGAUCAGUUUGGAGUGUACGACGAAACGCAAAAUAACAGUAACAACGAAAGUCCGUUUAAUAAACAGAUGUCGGGUGAAUAUCAAACUCAAGCUUACUAAGUACACGGUCAGUUUUUCAACGACGAUUCUGGAACAUGCCAGCAGAGCAGAUUGUGUUUUUACCACACAUACCUACUAAAUUACUUAUCGCCGAUGGUAUUACUGGUUUUAUUACUUCACAAUAACUAAACAACGUAUUUUAUUGAAUAGCAAGUUAGUUGCGAGUAGUACCAAUUUUUGAAAUCUGUAACAAAAUGAUUAAUAAUAUAUUAUGUAUUU